CCGAAGAGUUUAAGACGAUGUGAGCUCCGGGUGGUCGGCGCUCAUCCCUCCAGCAUUGCUCUAUGUUUACACCAUCGAAAGGUAAAAAAUCCACACUGUGUGAAGCGAUCCGCUAACGUCGCUUUCAUAAUAGGAUGGUACAGAGGGGAAAAGAAAGCCAUGAAGUUUGCUAUCCCAAGAAUUUGGCAGGAACCCACUGACCACUCAAGCAGUUGCUACUUCUGCAUGGUGGACCAUUCCAACCUUCGGACUGGCAACCUUACUUCCUGCCACCUGGAGAUGACGGAGGUGGAACCAGUACUAGAUUUUGCAUCCUCGGGGCGUUCGGGCCGCCGCAAUGCCCUCCCAGACAUUCUGGGCUCCCCUGCAGGAGUGAGCCCCUCCGACCUGCCACUGAAGCUAGCUGAACUCUCCCUCACAGAUGGGCCAGAUGUUGCUCAGUCGCCCACCACAGAAGAGUCCCUGGCUCCCAUAGAGGGUUCUGAGGGAAAGGAUGGAUCAUAAGGAGCCAAAAGUAUGGUCAUGGCUGUCACAAUGAGCCUGGAAGACUGUGAGCAGCAGGAGGAGGACAAGGCAUGUGUCUGAAGAGCUCCUGCCUUGCUUGGAAGUGAAGUACUGUUGGAUGCCACAGUGAGGGGCUCUUGGCUUGCGGUAUGAGGCUGUACUCAGCAAACAUCAACCAGUAUAAGAACAUCUAUGAGAAAGAGAUGCUGAGAAACCCAAAAAAACAUAAAAAUUGACUUUUUACUGUUCAUUUAAAAAGUUAGCUGGACUGUGAGAUUUUUAUGAACCCACAGGAACAUUGGAAUUUUUGAUCCAAUGCUGACCUCUCAGAACCUUUUUUUGCAUUCCUUUUCUACAACAAUGACCUGAUUUAGAAUGCACAUUGCAAUGGCAUUCUCAGGGGGUGCUGGCAUUUUCCCGUGGGUGGUCCAGCCUCAGAGUAUGUGAGUCUAGGGAAUAUGAGAGACCAGGCCAUGCUGAGGGAAUGUUGUGCAUUUACCUGUGAAUUCCCUGAUGGCCACAAGCUGUUGAUAUCUUUUGUGUGAGGAGUGUUUCGAAUCAAGUAGCAUAAGCCAGGCAAAGACCAGCAAAGCAUGAGGUUCUUUAAGUGGCAGAAGCAUGUAAACAUGUGCUGCAGGCUCUUUAUGCAGAUGAACACAUGGACCACUAGCAUACACAUUGACCAAAAGCUCACCACUGCCAGUUCUACACACUUUCUGUUCGUUUCCACUAAUUUUAGCAGGCAAAUACAGCAAGCAAUUCAUAGGCUGGACACCACAGACCUGGGCAACAGCUUCAAAACCCUCGACUAUAACUCUCCUGUAAUGGACAUUGUGGACUUUACACUAGAAAUAUCCACACAGGUCCCAUGUUAUGACAGUAAAAUUCCCAGGAUGGAGGCGCAGCCACUGGUACUCAGACCUCCAGAGGGUGGUUUUUCUCUCUUUCUCCACAGCCAUGAAUUUUUUGUAUUCCUCUCCCCAGUUUCCAGCUGUGAUAUACUAAUAGUUAACUAUCAUUUUUGUUUGUGAUCUUGCAUACAUUGGGGAAACAAAACUUACAAAUUUAAGAAAAACCAAAUUCCCACAUAUUUUUCAGGGCUUUAAGUUUUUUGUGGUGGAACAAUCAACUUCCUGAGGAACAUCAGGAUUCCCUGAUUCUGACAUACUAAACUAGGUAUAGUACAAAUGUUUUAUACUUCAAAUUGUAA